AUGAGCGGGCGCGUGCUGAACGGGAAAAUACUGCAGCUCCCGGCGCCGCAGCGCGCGGGGAGGACAAUGCACUUUCUGUCAAGUUGGGAUGAAAGCAGUUCCAUUAGCAGUGGACUGAGCGACGGCUCAGACAUCCUGAGCUCUGAAGAGUUCAACACAAGUCCAACUCUCAAUUCUCUCCCUUCCACUCCCAUUGGCUCCCGCAGAAACUCAAACAUUGUGAUGCGCACAGAUGCAGAAAAGAGAUCUCUAGUGGAGAGCGGCCUGUCCUGGGACUCAGAUGACAACAAACCUGGCCGCAAGAGCCAAGGCCGAAGUGGCUAUGAUACAGGAAGUCUAAAGUCAGAAUCUGCCAAUAAAUGGAAGAAGAUCAGACCACAAGGGGAAGGGAUGGACGGAGGGAAAGGUGAACUGAGGAAACCACAGACACUGGGCCAAGGAAACAUACUAAAAAAAGGAAGAAACCCACCUGUCGGAAUUACAUCCCCAAUAACACACACCUCUCAGAGUGGACUGAAAAUAGCAGGCACUAUGAAGUCUGAUGGGAAGCCCAUCGACAAGUCUCGCUUAGCAGUGAAGACUUCAGGACUUCAGCGCUCCUCAUCUGAUGCUGGGAAAGACCAUCGCAAUGGCAGCGGGGCUGGUGAUCAGCGUAAACCUCCAUCUGGCCUCGCCAGGUCUUCUGCUGGUGGAAACUUUGGUUUCAAGAAGCUCAGCGCAGCCAGCGAUGGCGCAAACAAUGCCUGUACACCCACUGUAACAAAUGCAGGUGUCAGUUCCAUACCCAGUAGCUCCGUUAGUAUAGGGAAAAUUCCCAAAACAUCUGGUAUUCCUGUCAAGCCAGCUACAGGUGGUGGAGGACGCAAGACGAGUCUAGAUGUUUCGAACAGCGACCAGAGUGGUUUUCUGUCUCCAAACGCGAGAACAUCUCUCCAGUACCGCUCUCUGCCUCGCCCAGCAAAGACAAAUACUCUGACUCUAACCCGGCCAAGCUCAGCUCGACCAAUGAGCACCACCAUGGACGCAGGUUCUGGACUUAUCAAACCUUCCACCACAGCACAGCAGGGCUCGAAACUCAAAGAGCCCACCUCAGGGCUCGGAACAGGGCUGAGUAAGGCUGGGGGGCGCGGGAUCCCCAGUCCUGGUCCUGUCAAUCAAACAGACAGAGAGAAGGAGAAAGAAAGAGCCAAAGCUAAAGCUGUAGUAUCUGACUCUGAGUGUGGAAGUGGAUCUCUGAAGGGCAGCCCAGCUCAGACCCCCUCUGACACUGGUGGAAAGCUAUAUGGACUGAGACCACCCAGCAAUGGAAAGGCCAUGGAUCAACCAUCAUCCAACACGCACAGAUUGUCUGGUGUACGUAGCCUGGCGAAACCUCCAUCCAUGGUCCAGCUUGACAAGCUAAACUCCAACAGUCUGGAGGUUGAAGUUCAGGAUGCCCUGCCUCCAAAGAUUCCUCCCUACUCCAAACUCCAAGACCUUUGCAGUUCAACAGGCGGCCUAACCCCCAGUCCUGCUCCUCUACUCAAUGUUAACUCCUCAGCUUGCUUUACUAGCUCUGGUAUUGGAUUGGGACCCAGACAGGUUACCUCCCUCGGUGUGCAGGGGAGUGAAGGGAGCGCAUCUCCCGUGCUUUACCAGAGGGUGUCUGGGCUGCAUCGCAGUAUGGAGUCUCUCCCCCUGCAGAUGAGUCUGGCCCCAGAACCCCACGAGAAAGAGAAAGACAGAGGCAGAGAGACUUUAGUUAGAGGCUACACUACCUUAGAAUCCCGAGACAAAGAAAGACACGAAGACAGACGCCCUCCAUCCAACUGGAGCUCUGCAAGUAAAGUGUCUUUGACUCUCACAGACAGUUCUCAGAGAGACAGAAACACACUGCCAAAGAAAGGUUUAAGUUUCAACGGUGCUUCCCAGGUUGAAGAGGAAGGGAAAGACAAAGGAGAGAGGAGGCACUCUCAUGCUGCCCUUAGUAUGACUGAUUCACUUGCUCUUCCUCUGCUGUCCUCACCCACCUCCCUACCCCGCACCUCAAAGACCAGUAUGGUACCCAGCCCUGUUGGUGGUCCUCCAAGAAUGAUUCGAUCCAACAGCAUCCCAACACACGACGCUUCCUUGGAGCUGUACGGGGCAUCUCCGCUGGGCAGCACACUGUCGCUGUCUGAGCGUCCUCGAAGCAUGGGGAUGGUCCGCUCCGGUUCUUUUAGGGACAGGGAGCCUAAUGACGAAGUUCAUGGGUCUGUGCUCUCCCUGGCAUCCAACGCCUCCUCCAGCUACUCUUCGGCUGAGGAAAGGAUUCAGGGAGAGCAAGUUCGCAAGCUCAGGAGAGAGUUGGAAUCAUCCCAGGAGAAGGUGUCCUGCCUGACCACACAGCUAACAGCAAAUGCAAAUCUGGUGGCUGCCUUUGAGCAAAGUCUGACGAUGAUGACAGCUCGUCUCCAGAGUCUGUCAAUAAGCCACGAACAAAAGCUCCGUGAGACCAUCGAGUCCCUCAAGACCAGGAAUGAAGAAGCUCAGGCUGUCAUACAUGGAGCCUUGAACAACCCAGAUAACACAAAAGACCUGCGUAUUCAGCGUCAGAACUCAUGUGAGAGCCUCUCCAGUCUGAACAGCUUAACCAGCAUGUCAAGUAUUGGCAGCUUGAAAGAUCAAGAUGCCAAGAAUAAGAAGAAGAAGAAGAGCUGGGUAUUUGAGCUGAGGAGCUCCUUCAACAAGGCUUUCAGCAUUAAGAAAGGCUCCAAAACCUACUCGGAUAUUGAGGAAAUCGCCACCCCAGAUUCUUCCGCUCCCAACUCCCCAAAGAUGGCUCAUGAAGGGGGAGAAACAGGCGACAACCAACCUUCCCCGCUCAAACCCUCAGCGUCUGCCACUUCUUCAGUGAUCAUGGAAACUGCAGAGGAAGGAGACAGUGGUGACACAGCAGUGUCGGAGCUGCGCACAGAGCUCUGGGAGAAAGAGAGAGAACUUACAGAUAUCCGACUGGAGGCCUUAAGCUCUGCGCAUCAGCUGGAGCAGCUUAGAGAUGCUAUGAACUACAUGCAGUCCACGGUGGAGAACCUGAAAGCGGAAAAUGAUCACUUGAAAACUGGUUCUGGUCCCACGUCCUCCACCUCCCAGCCCUCUGGCCUGGCCUCUCUCCUGGGGCCCUCACUGAGGCAGCCAAUGAGCAUGUCCCUCACCAAAUCAUUCAGCCUCAGCCUGAAUGAUUGUAAAGAUCCAGAACUGAACCAGGGUGACUCGCUGAGUGUUUCCUCUCAGAGUGAAGAGCAACGUACAAAAGUAUUUGUGCAUAUUGGGGAAAAAGAGGACAAUAAACAGCAGCAGGAGUUCUACCUGGGCUCAGUGCUGAUUGGUGCAACGACUGACUGGACUUCUCUGGAUUCCCUUAUAAUAAAGACCUUCGAGGAGUACUUAAAUCAAGUGGACCCGACAGCCAGCCUGGGCCUGACCUCUGACUCCCUGCAGAUGUACCAGCUCCCUCAUGCAGGGCAGAGGGUGAUAGGAGGGGACAACCCCCAGGCCAUGCCUUAUCGAUGUCUCGUCAAUGGACCUGCACGAAUACAUGUCACCUUAAAAGGUCUCAGAGAGAAAUGCGUCGACUCACUGGUGUUUGAGACUCUGAUACCUAAGCCCAUGAUGCUGCACUACAUCAGCCUGCUGUUGAAACACAGGCGUCUGGUUCUUUCCGGCCCAAGCGGAACAGGAAAGACCUAUCUGGCCCAGAAUCUGGCUCACUACCUCCUACAUCGCAGCAGAAUGGACUCGUCUGAGGUCGACCAUGAGCCAUGUGUCUCAGGUCGCUGUGCUGCUGUCACGUUUAACAUGCACCGCCAGUCACAGAAGGAUUUGCAGUUGUAUCUGUCAAAUCUAGCCAAUCAAAUUGACAGAGAGAGCGGAGGAGAGCUGCCGUUGGUUGUUAUUAUAGAUGACAUUAGUGAUCCAGCAGCCAUCACUGAACUUGUUAAUGGAGCUCUCACCUGCAAGUAUCACAGAUGUCCCUAUAUAAUUGGAACCACCAAUCAGCCUGUGAGGAUGUCAUCCAAUCACGGGCUGCACCUCAGCUUCAGAAUGGUGAUGUUCUCCAACAAUGUGGAGCCUGCAAACGGGUUUCUGCUGAGGUACCUGCAUCGUAAAGCUGUGGAGGCCUACCAGGAUGAGGAGCAGGACUCCGCAAACCGCCAGGCUCUCCUCUGUGUUCUGGACUGGAUACCUCAGCUGUGGUACCACCUGCACACGUUCCUGGAAAAACACAGCACAUCAGACUUCCUCAUAGGUCCUUGCUUCUUCUUGUCAUGCCCAGUGUCAAUGGCAGAGUUCAGGCAGUGGUUCAUUGACCUGUGGAACCACUCCAUCAUACCGUACCUGCAGGAGGGAGCCAAGGAUGGCAUAAAGGUACAUGGUCAUAAGGCAGUUUGGGAGGAUCCUGUGGAGUGGGUGAGAGGUACUCUCCCCUGGCCCAAUGCACAGCAGGACCAGUCCAGGCUCUUUCACCUUCCUCCACCUAGCAUAGGUCUACCAAGUGAGGAGAAGAAGCCCUCCAAAGAUACACCUCCACCCAGCACACUGGAGUCAGACCCACUGAUGGCCAUGCUGCUGAAACUCCAGGAGUCAGCCAACUACAUUGAGUCUCCAGAGAGGGAGGGCUGCCCGGAUCCCACCCUGCAGCCGACACUCUGAGCUGGCUGUCCAUGAAGCUUGAGAGAUACAGACUUUACAUCACAGCAGAGAAUUUAAAACUCAGUUAUUAACUUUUUUGUGUGCUCACUGAGCAGAUGCAAAGCGCAAUGUAAAGAUAGUCAUUAUGGACGAAGGGUUUGAUCUGCCCUGCUACCACAAAAUCAGAAAGACUAUUAAACUGCUUUAAUAGGAAACUGUGAUGCUAACGUUGGGGGAAGUCAUGGACCUGUCCUUCCCUCUUUGCCUCAGCUUGUACCAGUUGGGUUGUUCUUGAAUCUGCAAGUGCAUGGUGACCAGAAUAGUAUGAUGCAAAUAAUACCUAUAAUCCUGUUUAUCAGGAACUAAUUGUUCCCUUUUCUUUUCUUUUUCAAUGUCAGAGCAACUACUGGUGCUCCAUGGGUUUAUUUGAAAGCAGACUUCCUUUCAAAGGAUGAUAGUAUGUCUCCCCUACAAGUAGGACCAUCACUUGCGAACAGCCAAAAUGCACUUUAUUUUUUACUUUUGAUAAUUGGAUUUUAGAGGGCUGUGGGAGUGAGUGGUGUCGCUUCGGGGUACUGUUCGUGGCCCAAAAUAUGCAGUUCAUGAGUCAGUCCUGUAGAUGGCAGUAUUUAUUGACCUAUGUGCUUUCUGUCUUCUCAAAGGUGCUCAGCAGAAUACAACAAACCAACAAAAACACAAUUAUGAACAUGGCCUUGAAUGUUAUCUUCCUUUAUGUUCCGCCAGUUGUCAUGAUCAGAUAUCAGAACCGUGACGCUGCAAGUGAAAUGUGCAUGGAUGAAUAAAGAGCCGGCUUCAGGGGGAAUCUUUGAGGAAACUCUCAUAAUCGCAGAAACAAUAGAAUAUUAACACAGACUAAAAGACUGCUUGUUGAUCUACCAUUUCUUACUAUGCUUGCGUACAGUAUAUUCUGUAUUUAAAAUCCAAACCUCUCUUGUAAAAGCUGAGAGUACAGCUUUUGGAAAAUCUUGAUUUUGUAGGAUUUUAUACUAAGUCAUCUUCAGUAGUCACCUUGUAUACACACAGAAUGCCACAGAGGGAGAGACAUUGACAGCAAGAUGCACUGUGGUUGUUACUGUCAGAUCAUUUCUGUCACAGUAGACAGCUGUUGAGGAAGAAAGAAAUGCAAAGUAACUUUUCCUUCCUCUUUGCAUUUGUCCCCUAGAUUCUGUGAUCAUGUUAGUUUUAAUCAAACUGAUGAUGACUUUGCUUCCUGCUCAUCACUAAAGGUUAUUAUGAAAAUGAUUGAAUCAGUUAUUUAUUCACAAGCCUUCCACCAGUUUCUGUCCUUUAAUGGGAUUAAAAAGUGGCAGAUUACAGUAUUUACUGCUCACAUCAUGACGUGAUGACGGAAAUAAGGAGGAAACUGCUGGUCAUAGUGAAUUCUGUGUCCCCUCGACCCUGAAGUACCGUCAGACUGCCAUAUUCUGUCCCAAUGUUCACUCAACUUUCCACUUGAGUUGUUUUGUAAAGGAGGGACACUAUGCCUAAGUCAAUCUGUGCCUGAAACACAAUUUGGCCUAAAGCUGCUGUUCAGCUGCUACGAUUUAGCACACAGAGGCCUCCAUUUCGAGGAAAGACAAUUCCUUCCUCUUACCGACUCUAAUGCCACUUUGAUAUAGUCACCUUAAGACCAAUAAUAUUUAGGCUUAGAGUGGGUCAUCUGUUUGGACCUUUGACAGGUAGAUAAACCAUUCAUAAACGACGUGUGUAUCUGUUAACUCUGCAGUGAAAGAGAAUGUGUACCAUAAGUGGGCCGCUUGUGUUCGACUUGACACUUAUUGAGAGUGUGAAAUUCUCACCAUCUUUGAGAAGUUGCCUGAGAGUGGAAAACAGUGCAAGGACAGAUUUCAGCCUUGAGAUGCAAAGCCCAAAGCGUGGAUCCCUGGUGUGUUCCAAAUAUUUACUUUCAUUGGACCUACCAUGGCUUAACCUUAACAUGGGAGAGAUUUUUUAAUAACUGGAUAUCUUCUUCUUUUCAGUUUGUUUUUAAGAGCAGACAUUUGGUUCUUUUCUUAUGCAAAUAUUUGUAAAGGUUUAUUUCUCUUUUGUACAUGACAUCACUGUUGUAAACACUGUAAAUAGUCCCUGCAUCUGCGACAACAAUCACUUCAACUAAAGAGAUGGAAGAAGCCUGGCCCCUGUAUGUAGAAAAUGAGCAUCCUCUGUGGUUUUGUUGUCUUCCUCAAGCCAGAAGGAGCACUUGGCUUAAAAACUGGGUCUAAUAAUGGUUUCAAGGCACGCGUCUGUAACAACAUGAAGUUCCAUAUGUCUAACAUUGAGUGAUGGACAUAAUAAAUUCAUGCCAUUCUUCAAACCA